CCGUGCCUGUGUAUGUACGUGUAUUUCCUCCAGAACCACCACACACAAGUCAUUCUUCUCUGGUGAUCUCAGGUCCAUGGCACUCAACUCGAGUCCAGCCAUAGCUUGCAUCGGCAUAAUAGGCAGACAUGACAACCCUCUCCACAUCUCCCUGUUCCCACCGCACGAGCACGAAGACCUGGAAAUGCAAUUCUUGCUGAAUUCCUGCCUCGACAUCUUCGACAUCCGGUCCAGAACGAAGACCCUCGAUCAAGAUCUGGGCCUUCUCCAGGCCAUCGACGAGCGUCUCGCCGCCUACGGUUGGCUGACCAACACCGGCAUCAAGUUCAUCAUCGUGGUCGACAUGAUGGGCCGCCCUCCGACCGCGGACGAAGACAAGAGACGGUUCCCACCCGUCGUGGGCAUCCGGGACACCGACCUGAAGCCCGCUUUCCGGGCCGUGCAGACCGCCUACAUUCAACUCAUGCUCAAUCCCUUCUACGCACCCGACGACCGGACUCCGUUACAGAUUGUCAAUUACGGGGGGACGAGCCCCGAAAUCACGAGCAAGAAGUUUAUCAACGAAUUGCAAAGAAUAGGAAAGGCUUGGGCGCCAGGAACCACGAGCAUAUGAGGCAUGGUCGUUGGAUCAUACAAGAUAUUCCCUGAACACAGAAAGGUCCAUCUCGUGCUUGGUCACAAGAAAUGCCCGGCCCAUGCGAUCAGACUGCAUGACAGGCUAGAUUGUUCGGUCAACGUCCUCUGAGAAAACCCAUCAAGGCUUGAGAAGACCACUCGGGCCCCCAUCCAACUUGGCAGCAGUCUCACCAACUUCAGCGGCUGUACUAGCAGCCUGAGCCUCCUCGGGAGUAGGUGUCUUCACCAAAGGCACCUCAUCCAUUUUCGUGUCAGGAUCCGCCAAUUUGGCCGCCGCCUCAGUCGCAGUGGCAUCUGCAGCAGGUGGAGCAGCCACAGCCGCUGGGGCACCAUUUUCAGUCAUUCCCUGGGUCUUCACAUACUCCAGGACGACCUGGAGAGUCUUGGCAGGGCCAGCCUGCUCCCAGACUCGAACGACACCCUGCUUGUCAAUAACGACGACACCUCGAGUAGUGGAUUUGCCGGGACCAGGCUUCUUCAUGCCAAUAGCGGAUGUCAAAGUUGCAUUUGGAUCACACUGUAUGUCGUUAGCUUGAUGAGCACCUUGACAUCAGAUUGAUUAGGAGAUGGGAACACAAAAGACUCACGAGAAGCGGGUAUUGCAAUUUUUGCUUCGUCACAAACGUGGUGUUGGCCUUGGGACUAUCCGUGCUGAGUCCGUAUAUCGAGAGUGAAGCACCGGUGAUAGGAGCGUAGUUGUCCCUGAAGAGACAAGCCUGAGUGGUGCCUGAAAUAGCUGUGUCAGUUUUCCAUCUCUAAAGGCAAGGAGCGCAAUGAAAGCCUCUGUAGGGCUGGGUGGAUAGAAAAGCAAGCAACAUAGUAACCGCGAAGGUAGAGAGCGACAUGUUCUCCUUUUCUUAGAACCAUCG